UACUAAAAUGUUUUUAAAUUCACGUAGAGCAGAAAUUUUGUUGCAGUUCUAAAUACGUUUGGUUUGGUUUGGUUGAUUGUUAAACGUGUCGUUGUCGCGCAAAUGCAUGUUGACCAUCGCUCGUUGACACACCGAGUGCUCGACAGACCAGUGUAGCCACAGAAGGAUACACAUCUGUUAACCAACACUAGACAUCUGCAGCAGAACAAGGCAGACAACAAAUAUAUUAGCCAUAUUAUAGGAACACCGACAACGUGAUUGAAAAAGAGCUGAAAAACCUUGAUACUCUAAAUUGGACCGACGGCAACAACAAUUGACAGAUAACAACAACAACAACAGCGGCCAGCGUGUGUGCGUUCCCCUGGGUGUGUGUGCGUGCGUGUGAGAUUGGAAGACAAUGGCUGCAGCUGCGGAUCUGGUUGUUCCUACCCUUGCCAUUCGCUCUAGCGUGGCCGUGGAGUUGUGGUCGUCGGCGGGCUCCAAGCAGCCGUAUGAGCACAAGGACCACUUGCCGCGCGAGGAGACGAAGAGCUCCCGCUCGAUCUGCUUCAGCCCCGACGGCCGGUACUUUGCGUACUCCAACGGUCAGGCGGUCAAGGUGCUCGAGGCGAGCAGGGAUAGCGCUGCCAGCUGGCCAGUGAUUGCCACGCUGCCCCGGCCGAAGGCCUUCUACCUUAACUUCUCGCCACGUGGCCGAUAUCUGUGCACCUGGGAGAACUAUGCCAUCACCAAGGACCGGCCGGAGGGGUCACCCAAUCUGUUAGUCUACGAGGUUGCCACCGGCGAAGAAGUCUUUGCCAUAGUACAGAAGAACCAGACUGACUGGCAACCGUCAUGGUCGUCGGAUGAGUCCAUCUUUGCCCUGGUCGUCGGCGGAGAGGCUCUGUUCUACGAUCUAGGAGAGGGAGCAGAGAAAGGAUUCACGAGCACCUCGCGCAAGAUUGGCGGCAGUCGCGGCGGUAUGCUUUCGCUGGGACCCGGCAACAGUCCGCCCUUCCUGGCCUUCUACACCCCAGGCGCCAAGGGUGCUCCGUCCAUGUGCAAACUGUACAAGUACCCGGCUCUGGGCCAAAACCAGACGGUUGCGUGCAAGAGCUUCUUCCAGGCCGACCGAGUUGAGAUGCUGUGGAAUAAGCGUGGCAGCGGACUGCUGCUUCUGACCAGCACUGAGGUGGAUAAGAGCGGAGCCUCCUAUUAUGGCAACCAGGCGGUCCACUUCAUGGCCACCAAAGGCGAUACCUGCUCAGUGCCCCUCUCCAAGGAGGGCCCGGUGCACUGUGUCAAGUGGAGUCCCAAGGCCAAUGAGUUUGUGGUCGUCUAUGGAUUUAUGCCCUCCAAGGCGGCCCUCUACAACCUUAAGUGCGAUGUGGUCUUCGACUUUGGCGAGGGGCCUCGGAACUGCGCCUACUUCAAUCCCUUCGGCAGUCUCAUAGUCCUUGCAGGCUUCGGCAAUCUUCCAGGAGCCGUCGAAGUUUGGGAUGUGGCCAAACGCGAAAAGUUGGCAAAUCUAAAGUGCGCCGACACCACAGUCUUUGAGUGGCAUCCCAAUGGCGAGUGGUUUAUCACCGCCACCACGGCUCCCAGGCUGCGGAUAAGCAAUGGCUUCAAGGUUUACCACUACUCUGGAGCACUCCUCCAUGAGACCAUGUGGCCGCAGGGUCAGGAGCUGCUGGGCAUCGAGUGGCAGCAAUUCCCGGACAAGACCUUUAGCGAGCCAAAGAUCACCAAGGCCAAGCACGAAGGCAUCAAGUCAAGCCAGCCAGAGGCCAGCAAGAAGGCCUACACACCGCCCCAUCUGCGAUUGUUGAAGGAGGGAAAGAAUCCGGAACAGUAUCUGCCCCAGCCGAGCAUUCCCGGACUGGCUCCGGCAGCAGCAGGUGGUGCCAACAAUAAGAGGAACAAGAACAAGCCCAGGGGCCCCAAAAAGGAUGUCAACGUAGUGAACGGCGGUGAUGCGGACUCUGCUUCUACAGAUGUAGCUCCUGCUGCAGGUGUGCCGCCAGGUGGUGCCCCAGGCGCUCAGCAAGCGCAACCAGUACCAGUGCCAGCGGCUGGGGAGGAGCAGCGCAGGCAUCACUCGCAGCAGAACACCCCGCGACCAAGAUACCAACAGGAGAACGCCGCUGAUCAGUCACGUAGCCAGGCGCAACAGCAUCCCUAUUCCCCGGGACAGGGGCAGGGACAGGCUAAUGGCCAGAAUAUCAGCGAGAAGGAACGGAAAAUCCGCAGCGUUUCCAAGAAACUUUCUGACAUCAAGAAGCUGAAGCUGCGCCGCAGCCAGGGCGAGAACCUGGAGCUGAACCAACUAAACAAGAUUAAGAUGGAAGCACGGUACCUGGACGAGCUCAAGGCUCUCAAGUUGUCUGCCUAGGGGGGACGGGCGACAAUGAUAACCAAAAGCAUAGCGAUAACGAAGACGACGACGACGGCGGCGACGGCGAGAAGAGAGCGAGAGAGAGACCAAUGUGCGGAUGCGAGGAGUAAUUGCUCUUGUAAUUGUGAUACACACCACCUCUUCUCUGCUCCACUCCACUCAACUCCACUUUCACCACCUCUGUCCCCGUCCCCUUUUCUGCUGUCUUACGCUCAUUUUUUUGCGGUGCGCACUUUGCCGCAAAACAAACAUGGUUCUAGUUAAAAACAUUUUUCUACUAUUUGUGAUUUCUUUACAUUUUUUGGCAAAAGCAAACAACAACUUCCCAAGCAAACAACAAAUUUAUGUACCAAAUUGUGCUACCAAGUAAAUAAAAGGUGUUUCCACAAA